AUGCCCACACUUCGUCACCAGCAUGAUGAGGUUCUAACCCCACCGAGCCUCCGCGUCGCGCCGCCUCGGCCGGUCCUCCUGGCCGUCCUUCUCUUGUCGCUGGCCGCGCAUUCACACACGCAGACGACGUACGACUCAUUCCUCGACCAAAUCGAGAGCGUUCUUAACGGGUCCACGCCCCUCGGCAAGAUUGACUCCAUCUUGUUCACGCAGGCCAAUCAAUACAACCUGUACCUCAGCAAUAAAGCCGGCGCCAAUUCCGCUUCCUCCGCAUCCUCCUUCCGCAGCACCGCUGCCUUUAGCACCACGGGGGAUACGAGCGGCACUGGGGGCACUGGCGGCACGGGCGGCGGUACCGGCGGCACUGGGGGGGGCACUGGCGGGGGCACUGGUGGCGGCAGUGGCGGCGGCAAAGGCGGCGGCGGCGGCGGGGGCAGCGGCGGCAGCGGCAGCAACCUAGGCCCUAUCUUGCAAUUCAUCUUGUCUCUCAUUCGCUCUGCCUCCAAAUCCAAGACGCCCUCUCUCGCCCUCCUUCAGCAGAGCGUGCAAUGGCUCAGCACCAACGCGACCGUGAUCAAAUCAAAUCUCGCGAAGCUGAACUCGAUCCUCAAGCUGCUUAGGCAGCCGAGCCUCGCGAAAGCGCUGGGGACCAUUCGCACAGCGUUCUUCAUUUCGCCAGGCGCGAAGGUCUCGUUAGAAGCCGCGGGAAUCACGCAGCUAGCAGCCGCGCAGAGCGGUGUGCCUGCUCAGGUUUCGGGCAAUCCCAGCGGUCCGAGCAAUCCGAGCAAUCCCAGCGGUCCGAGCAAUCCAAGCAAUCCGAGCGCUCCGAGUGAUCCGAACGGUUCGAGUGGUCCGAGCGAUCCGAGCAAUCCGAGCGAUCUGAGCGAUCUGAGCGGUUCGAGUGGUUCGAGCGAUCAGAGCGCGAGUCAAAGUAACGGUCAGGUUUCUACCCAGGGUUACUCAGCGCAGAGUUACGGGGUUGUUACUGUGCAAAGUGACGAUGGGAGCGAAGGCGAUGGGAGUCCGCGAGGUGGGAGGCAGUAUCGGAUCGAGAGUGACGAUGAUGACAAUGAGGACGAUGACGAGGAUGAGUGCGUGGAGCCGACAGGCCGAGUGCGGAUCAUCAAAUACACCUCCCCUGAAAACGUCUCCUAUGUGAUCCUCCGAGCCAAGAGCGAGUGUCUCGCAGAUGUGAGAAAGGUGGAGAUCCGCAACGCGCCUUACGGGAAAACGGGGAAGCUUGUAAUGGAGAUCCCGGAUGCGACUGCCGAUCUCGGUGCUCAUAUCAGCGCUCUCCUGUGUUGUGUGCAGAAAGUGCCCGACACCGUCCGGGACGGGGACGCGGGCUCCGGCCUGCUAGCAAUGAGCGCGUUGCUCUGGGCUGUGAGGCGGAAGGAUCGGUUGGCCGGCGCCCUCCGUCGCAGUGCCACCAGCAUGGACAAGGUCGCUGUUGCGGGGUUGAAGGGGCUGCGGACUGAGAUGGUAGCCUUCAUCAAGAAGCAGGUCGCGCUCAUACGGUCGGGCCGAAACGUAGUUGCGGCCGACGUCUGUGACGACGACGGCGAGGAGGUUCAGUCGGCGCCCCAAGCUGGCGGUGUCGCCCCUGCCGUCGCUGAUGCGCGUGGCACCUCGGUCGGGAAGCCGGGUAGCGGCGUCGACGAGGCCGAUGCGGCAGCAGGACAUGGGGUGGCCGGGACCGAGGAGAAGCACCGGGACGAGGUUGUUCAUGGGGAUGAUGAUGGGGUCCAGGGUCGUGAGGCGGAUCGCAGUUCGGGGAAGCAGUCGGGGAAGAGCGUGCUCGACAUGCUCAAGAAGCACUGGGCUGGGGUUCGAGCGGCCAGCACUGAUCAGGGUGGUGGGGGUCCCGCCGACGAGCAUGCCACUGAUGACGCACUGCCAAGGGCUCCGCCUUCGGUCGCCGAUAAGCCACCACGACAGGGUAGCGGUGAAGAAGGGCUGCGCGACAAGGAGAAGGCGGCCGCAAAAACGGCCCCAGCUGGCCAGGGCCCGAAGACAGGGGUCGCGGUGGCGUCAGCGGUUCCUCACCAGCCCCCAGCUGGUGCACGCCCUCCGACCGGACCGUCUGCCGGGCGACCUGCCGACGUCCCGCGCUCUGCCGACGUCCCGGCUGCCGACAAGGCUGGCCGCGCGGGGAAAGGGGCGGCAGUUGCGGACGCGCUCAAGGAGCAGCUCAGGCGCCUAGCCGGCCACAAGGCUGUUCAACAGCCCCCCGCUGCUGUCGACGCCCCAUCUGCCAGUGUCCCAAAGUCGCCGGUCGUCGCCGCCCGUGCUCCUGCAGACCCAAAGUCCGCGUUGCUGCGCGCCCAGCUGGGCGCACUAGCGUCGACUGCGCCAACUCAGCAGGCUUCUGGCUCCGGCGCUAAGACGUCGUCGGCAAAAGUCGCACCACCCACCCCUGUGGCAGCUGAGGUUGAGAAGGCGGCGGAGAAGGGCGUUCGUGCCGCCCUUGCCACCGGCGGCGGCCCCGUCGAGCAGGCGCCCCCCGAUGCUGAUAUCGCUGCCAUACAGGCCCACCUGGAUGCUGCCAAUCCCCGACCGCUGGCCAUCUCCGACACGGCACAUGUGGAGCCUUCGGCGGGUCUCGUCGGCAGUCCAGCAGAGCCGACUGCGACCGGUGAUGCUGUCGGCGAUGGAAAGGCGAAACGGAAGGGGAAGGCGGGCUCACAGAGGAAGACGCGGGAGAAGUCGGAGGCGAAGGCGGCGGAUAGAGGGAAGGGGAAGGCGGCUGAGACGGCGGCUGACAAGGAUGGAGGCGGCAAUACGGGGGUGAAAGGGAAAGCGGGGGAGAAUCAGAAGUCGCUCGGCGAGGGUACGUCGACGGGGAGGAAGGGGAAGGACAAGUCGGUAGGAGAAGGUGCGUCGACGGGGAGAAAGGGGAAGGAGAAGGCGGUCGGCGAUGGUUCGUCGAAAGGGAGAAAGGGAAAGCGGAAGGCGGCGGAGGAGGAUGUCGAGGAGGUGGAGGACGUCGAGCAGGAGGAAGAAGAAGAGGCGGAGGAGGAGGUGGAGGAGGCGGAUGAGGACGAUGAGGAGGAGGAGGAGGUGGAGGAGGAGGAGGAGGAGGGGGGGAAGAGCAAGGAGAGGCGGGGUCAUGGCAUCCGACACGAUACCUCGGGCGACAAGCUAGGAUGGGUCGGCGAGAUUAAGGUGCACGGCAUCAAUCGAUACAUCGGCAAGUCGCGUGAGAAGAUGGAGCUCGCGUACGUGCACUCCAUCGCGUUCGUCGUCUACGACGGUUUCGUGAGCAAGGUGCUCAUGAACGAGCUCACCGUCCUGGACAGCGCCGAGUUGGAGAGGUGGAAGGAGGUGUGGGAGGAGGUCAGGAUCUUGCCGACCGGGAUGUGGACGGUGAUGUGGGCCCGGGGAACGCUCCUUCCAAAGACACGGCUGAAUGAGAUCCUCGACAAGUAUCGACAUUACAAGACCACUGGCGAUGCGCUGCACGCCGCGCUCCUGCCAGCGAUAUGGUACCCAGUCGAUCCCGACACCGAGGAAGGCCGAGAGAAGUCGGCGUCCAUGCUGUCCGCGUUGAUUGGCCGCGUAUCAAUGUGCGCUGCGUAUGGGAAGACCGCUGCGACAGCGGCGAGAAAGGAGGGAGACAGCGACGAGAAGACGGAUAUGGCGGCAUGGGCGUUAGGAGCAUCCGCAUGCGCUGUGUGGUGCUUCGUCGAGAACGGCGAUGCCCAGGUGGAGGAUGCUGUGGAAGAAGGGAAGGCGGCGGCGCUUGUGGGCGGAGCGAGCCAGGCGACCGCCGAUGUAUUCGGCAAAGUCAUGGAGGCGGUGCUGAACGCCGAGAUCAACAGGGACCGCCCCCUGGGAGAGGUUGCUUACAACGUCGCGCCAGCACUCAAGAGGACCGCCCUUGACAUGGCCUAUCCGGGGGUGGAUGCCGGAGUCGAUGCCGACGUGAUCGCAAGAGCGACGGUCGAGACGAUGGCGUUCUGGGGAAUGUGCCCCGUCGCCGGGCCGAAACUCAAAGCGAGGGGCAUCGCGGUGCCGAUUGACGCGCAGAUGAAGGCCGAUAUCGACAACAGGGGGAGAAAGGGUCAGAGGGGCAAGAAGGCGACGAAGGCCAAGGGCGGCACGGAGAAGAAGGGGACGAAGGGCCAGAAGGCGAAGGAGUCGGCGUAG